AGGUCUCACGUAACUUAAAUGGCAUUUUCAAUCAUCUAUUACAUACAUAAAAAUGGCUCCCAAGAACGUAUUACAAUAUUGCAUCGUUAGUUUAUCACGAAUAAUGUUGUCUUAUUGUCUGGCCUUCGACCUUUCGUAACGAGGGGAUAGUUAACGAUAACGAGCGGGAGAUCGGCACAGCUACUGUAUCGCGCGUAGUUAACGGUUGCUAGCACUGUAGUUAUCAUUAAAAAUGUCUUCGAUAAGCAUGAAUAAAGUUUUCCAUGCUGCAAAAAUUUCAAAUACAAAAGUGGCAAUUCCAAAAAUAAUACAACUGCGUAUGUACAGUGAAUCUGGGAAGAAACCUGUAAAAACACCACUAUACGACUUACACUCCAAGUACGGUGGAAAACUUGUUGAUUUCGCCGGAUUCCUUCUACCAGUGCAGUACAAUGACAUGAGUGUGUCUGCGUCCCAUCUGUUUACAAGGAAAAGUGCUUCGAUAUUCGAUGUGUCACACAUGCUGCAAACCAAAGUAAGGGGCAAAGAUUGCGUUUCGUGGUUCGAAUCUAUCUGUCCGGUGGAUCUGCAAGGCAUGCCGGACGGCAGCAGCUCGCUGACAGUUUUCUUGAACCAGGAAGGAGGUAUUAUCGACGACUUGAUUGUUACUAAAGUGAAUGACAAAGAAUUAUACGUGGUGUCAAACGCAGGUCGUUUGGAAGUCGAUAAAGAGCACAUGAAAUGUACUACAGAAAUGUUUAAGAAACAAGGAAAAGACGUUCAUGUAGAGUUUUGGAAUACGAGUGAACGAGCUCUUAUCGCUCUUCAGGGACCCAAAGCAGCUUCUGUAUUGCAGGAGCUUACAGAUAUACCGCUGAAGGAGUUGUUGUUUAUGACGUCACGCGUGGGGACCGUGGCGGGUGUGCAAUGUCGCGUCACGCGGUGCGGCUACACCGGCGAGGACGGCGUCGAAAUAUCGAUACCCGCCGAUAAAGCCGAAAGAGUCACUGAGGCGCUGCUCCUGUCAAACGAGGUCAAACUAGCCGGCCUCGGGGCUAGAGAUUCGCUACGUUUGGAGGCGGGGCUGUGUUUGUAUGGAAACGACAUCGACGAAAGCAUCACUCCAGUCGAAGCAAGCCUAACGUGGCUGAUUGCUAAGCGCAGAAGGCAAGAUGCUCAAUUUCCUGGGUCUAACGUUAUUUUGCGACAAAUAAAGGAAGGAGUCAGCAAAAGAAGAGUAGGAAUCAGAAUAGAAGAGGGUGCUCCGGGAAGGAAAGAUGCUGCGCUUAAGAACCCAUCGAAUUCCGAAGUUGUGGGUAAGGUGACCAGCGGCUGCCCGAGCCCGUCGCUUGGGGGCAACGUCGCCAUGGGGUACGUUGCAGAAGGCUUCAAGAAAAGCGGCACUGAACUCUUAGUCAACAUCAGGGGCAAGGAUGUGCCCUGUGUUGUAGCUAAAAUGCCUUUCGUUCCUUCCAAGUACUAUAUAAAGAAAUAAAUUUUAUAUUUUUAUAGAAA